CGCCCCCCCAGGCGCCUGACGCUGAACCGCAGCCCCUUCUCAUUUCCAGCCCCGCUGAUCUCCAUUUUCUUCUUUCCCGAUAUUCAGUAGCAGAGGACUAAAGACUUGAAAAAUGAAUGAAGAAUACGACGUUAUCGUCCUGGGCACCGGACUCACGGAAUGCAUUUUAUCAGGCAUCAUGUCAGUGAAGGGGAAGAAGGUUCUGCACAUGGACCGUAACUCCUACUAUGGAGCUGAGAGUGCCUCCAUCACGCCUCUUGAAGAUCUCUACAAGCGCUUCAGCCUUCCGGGCAAACCUCUUGAAUCAAUGGGAAAAGGCCGGGAUUGGAACGUGGACCUCAUCCCUAAAUUCCUUAUGGCCAACGGUCAGCUGGUGCGCAUGCUGCUGAUCACAAAGGUGACUCAGUACCUGGAUUUCAAAGUGAUUGAGGGCAGCUUUGUGUACAAGGGGACCAAAAUCCAUAAAGUCCCCUCUACUGAGGCUGAGGCUCUGUCAUCAAGUCUGAUGGGGUUAUUUGAGAAACGGCGCUUCAAAAACUUCCUUCAGUUCAUCUCCAACUUCGAUGAGAACAACCCCAAAACCAUGGAAGGCCUCGACCCCCAAAAGACACCUAUGAGGUCCAUUUUUGAGAAGUUUAAAUUGGGCCAGGAGGUCAUGGACUUCACCGGCCACUCCCUCGCCCUCUACCGUACAGACGAUUACCUGGAUCAACCUUGCAUCGAAACAAUAAACAGGAUCAAGCUUUACAGUGAGUCUCUGGCCAGAUAUGGCAAGAGCCCAUACCUGUACCCACUGUACGGCCUGGGAGAGCUGCCACAAGGGUUUGCCAGGCUGAGUGCCAUCUACGGCGGGACGUACAUGUUGAACAAGCCCAUAGAUGAGAUCGUGGUGGAGAAUGGGAAGGUGGUGGGAGUCAAGUCUGAGGGAGAGAUCGCCAGGUGCAAGCAGCUGAUCUGCGACCCCAGCUACGCUAUGGAUCGGGCCACCAAAGUGGGUCAGGUGAUCAGAGUGAUCUGCAUCAUGAAUCACCCCAUCGCCAACACUAACGACAUCAACUCUUGCCAGAUCAUCAUCCCUCAGAAUCAGGUCAACAGGAAGCAUGACAUCUACGUUUGUAUGAUCUCCUCUGCUCACAAUGUGGCCGCAGGAGGUAAAUAUAUCGCUAUCGUCAGCACCACAGUGGAGACAGCCGACCCUGAGAAGGAGAUCCAGCCAGCCCUGGACCUGCUUCUGCCCAUCGAGCAGAAGUUUGUCUGUGUUAGUGACCAGUUUGCACCCACUGACAUGGGCACCGACAGCCAGAUUUUCAUCUCCCGUACAUAUGAUGCCACAACUCACUUUGAGACCACCUGUGACGACAUCAAAGACAUCUACAAGAGGAUGACGGGCUCAGAAUUUGACUUUGCCGAGAUGGAGCGCAAGAAGCAGGACACCUUCGGUGACGCCGUAGAGUAGAGCCGCGAAGUCCGCAACACUCCUGAUUAUCAAAGACGACGCUGCCGACAACUGAAAUCUUACAAAAAAUAGAAAACCUACACAAAAAUGUACACACAAAUGGGCUGGCUGAUCAUCUAUGUAUAUGAUUUGCCCCUUGAGGAAGCUCAUGAUAUAUAGAGAGAUAUGAUAUAGUAUUGUUGGUUAGGGUUCAGGGAGGGGGCUGUGCUUUUUCAAAACUCAUUGAGACGGAUGUUGCACUAAACACUGGUUAUGCCUAAUAUACAGUAAAACCCUACAUUCUUCUGCUUCAUCAUGUAAAGUUGAUGCAUAGUCCAAAGAUGCCAAAUCAAAUGAUAAUUCAUAAUCAAUAGUAUCUUACAUAGCAGGUAUGUCGGGUGGGGGGGAGGGGGUCCAAUUUUUCUGUCAUUGUAAAAAAAAAAAAAAAAGGCGUUUGGAAGUAAAUAUCUAUUAAUCAGUUAUUGGUCUCUGCAAGUGUUUUGUCAUGUCGGGGUGAGAGAAGUGGCUUGGCUUUGUGAGUCUGAAUUAAAUAAUGUGAGUAGUGACGUGUUCCUCGCAGGCCCAGCGACAGCAGACGGCCGAGUGAGGUGGCACCUCCACCGUCAGUUCAAAUUGUCCGCCAUUAAAGGGUGUGCGGUCUUGAUAUCUUUGUGUCUUUUAAACCUUUAACUGUCUAAUCUCGAGCACAGCCAGUUACAAACUAUAAACCAAGCCACAAGAGUGACUAGUCCAGCAGAAACCCAAACAUGUGUUCAACAACUUGAGUUGCUAAAGUGCUUCAGAGACAUUUAGAUCCUGUAUCAUGCAAAGUGAUGGAGAGCCAGACAUUAACAGCAGAUUCAUGGGAAGUGUGGUUGACUGUAAUUGCUUAAGAAGGACCAAAUGUGUACUGCAGCAGUAUUGAAUUGAGAGCCCCGUGAUAUAUUCUGUCUUGAACAACUUUUAAAAAACAAACGUCUUGGGCUUAAAUGAUUUCUGUACUGCAAAGUAAAACCUUUGUCAAAAAUCAAA